AUGGCGGGGUCUCCUUUGGGAAAAGCCUUCCCGAAGGUAGCUUGCCCCGGGGGCGCCCAGGCCCGGGGUGGUGGUGGUGGUGGGGAAGUGCUGGACCAGCGGGACGGGUCAGCAGGCCUGUUUUCAUCUCGCAGACCCACAGUCAGUACCGGCUCGCAGCCCGUCCCCCUGGGGCUUGCGGAGGACCAGGGCUCCCCGGAGGCCGGCUGCGGAGACCCUGGGGUGGCCCUCGAGGGGCUUCGGGCGGGGAGCUCCUUCCGGGGCAGGCCUCUGGGACGGCGGCGUGCAGCCGCACAACCGUCACUCGGGGCCAAAGGCGACCGGCGGCGGCCCGCCCACGGCCCCCCCACCCCGGGGGCGCCAGGCCGCUUCAGGGUGUGCGGGCGGGGGGCACAGGCCGGCGUCACAAAGCGCCGCCACCGGCCGCCCUCCUCCCGGCGCGCGCCCCUCCUCCCUGCUCCCCGCCUCCCUCCCGCGUCCUCCUCCUCCUCCUCCUCGUCGUCGUCGGCUGUGUCGCUCCCGCGGCGCGAGGCGCUCUGGCUCUCCUCCGCCGCCCCUCCCCCCGCGCCGCCGCCGCCGCCGUCCCGAGCCCCCCGCGCCCCGCGAUCCCUCCCGCGCGCGCCCCCUCGGCCCCCGAGGAGGAGAAAGGACGAGAAGGGCUACCAGAGAGAGGCCCCCUCCGGGGGGGGAGCCCCGGGGCCCGGAGCGAAUCCCCCGAACUCCCUCCAGCGCCGCGCCGCGUCGCGCCGCCCCGCCCCGCCCGGUCGGCCCGGCCCGGCCCGGCCCGCGUCGUGUGUGAGGAGGACCCCGGGCGGGCCCACGGGCCGUGUGGGGCCUGGUCCGGCCCGCAGGGCGGGCGUGUGA